AUGUCCACCUUGUCUAAACAAACAAAGGCCCAAUUGGCAGAGAUCGCCGAGAACUUGGGCAUCGAUGUCUCCGGUUGCAGAAUUAAGAGAGAUUACUAUGAAACUAUAAGAGAUUUCUUCCAAGAACAUUACGAUCAGUUCACUCCUGGUUCCCCUUACUAUGAUUUAGCACAUGCUUCGAGGUUGGCCACUGCUUCUCUUGGUUCUCCAAGAAAGGUUGUUGCCCUUGACGAAGACUCCAGUGAGGGAGAGACUGAGCAGGAGGAAGCCGAGGAUGACGAGGCCGAGGAAGCUGAAGCUGAAGAUGGUGAUGAAGAAGAAGCUGAGGAAAAGCCCGAGGAUGACGAGUCUGCCGAUGAGAAUACAAAGUCAUUCUGUGCCAAAUACUUGGUGCCAUUGAAGUCGUGUUUCCACUGUGAAAAAGUUAACUCUGUUGCUGAAUACAUCAGUGACAAGAAUCAAGAAGUCAGAGAUUAUUUGAGUGAUCCUUACUCGAUCAAUGAUGUCGUGUUCAUCUUGGAGUCGCUCUUUUUGUUCUCCAAGUUCUACCACACCGUCGAAUUGGGUAGUAUUUCCCAAAUUCCACCAUCCAUCAAGGAACAAUUACCAAACUGUGCUCUCAGCUUACCGGUUUUUGACGUUUUCUCGUUGGACAGUACCUUCUUCGCCACUACAGGCCUUUGGUUAUUCUUUGCUCUUGGCCUUCCUAAAACCAUCUCAUACUACAUCAACUUCACCUACGAUUUUGAAUACGAUUCAUUCACCUUUGCUCUAGCCAAGUUGUUCCUCGGCUUGAUUCUCUUCAGGUCUCACAUUAACACCUCCGAGAUCCAGAGAGACUUGGACUUUGAGUUUGCUACUAAGGAAUGUAGCGUCUCUUGUGUUUUACAGGCGUUCGAACACGCAGUCUUGAAGAGCACCAUCUUCUUGAGAAACACCUUCGGCAAUUGGAUCUUGGUCGACGCUUUGUUUACCACUUUGAUUUCCCUCUACGCUAAUCUUGCAUUUGUGUAA